AUGUCUUCUUCAAGUUUUACUAUUGACGACUCUUCUCCCUAUCAUCUCCAUCAUGGAGAUAGUCCAGGGACUGUCCUUGUUUCUCAACCUCUUGAUGGUGAUAAUUACCACACAUGGAGUCGUUUUAUGGUGAUGGCCCUCACCGCUAAGAAUAAACUUAGCUUCUUAAACGGUUCAUUGAGUAAGCCAUCCGAUGAGUCAGGUGCUAAAUGCCAUGCCUGGAUUCGUUGUAAUACGAUGGUUACCUCAUGGAUCCGAAACUCGGUUUCUAAAGAUAUUGUUGCUAGUGUUAUCUAUAUUGAUAAUGCUGCAGAUGUCUGGAUCAAUCUCAAAGAACGCUUCCCACAAAAGAACUGGCCUAGGAUCUACCAGAUACAGAAAUCCAUAUCUGCUAUUUCCCAGGAUGAUCUUUCCGUCGGUGUAUACUUUACUAAGAUCAAAGCACUCUGGGAUGAGCUCAGUAAUUAUCGUCCUUUUCCUUAUUGUUCUUGUGGGUCAAUGAAAACUAUUCAUGACUAUUUUCAUCAUGAAUACGUUUUUCAAUUUUUAAUGGGAUUGAAUGAUACGUUCUCCCAUAUUCGUGGACAGAUUCUAUUAAUCGACCCCUUACCUCAAAUUAAUAAGGUUUUUGCCUUAGUGCUUCGAGAAGAACGUCAACGUGAGGCCUCUGCGUCUGUUGGUUAUUUUGCUCAUAAUCCUGCUGCCAUGAUGAGUAAAACUGCUUCUUCUUCACCUCAAUCUUGCUCUAGCAAGCCAUAG